CCCUUCUCCGACUCGUCGAUGAUGGCUGCGGAGUGCACACACGUGACACGAGGUGCAUUGCAGCAGCGUUGACCAAGUCCGAUGAGCAUCUUCCAAGUUCCAAGUUUCAGCUGCAGAACGUACCGUAGACUCACCUAGGACUACAGUAGAACAGCUUCGAAUUCCCAACUUCCAGAAUCCAGAUUCGCCUGCUGCUUCACUCAGGUGCUUUUCUCCAUUGUGCUGCGUUCCCCCUUUGCUCUUACACCCUAAAACCCUAUCAGUUCAAGGCAUUCUUCGCUCCUGCUCAGCUUCCUGUCCGCCCCAUCCCCAGAUCUCACCUAACAACUUUCUGCAUCCCCCCCUCGCACAUCCCACCAAGAUGAAUCUGAAGUCGAUGCUCAAGACGGCCGGUAGCAAGGACGCCACCAAGCUGUUCAACAAGCUGACGGGCAAAGCGGACGACACCGCCAAGGCCGACAAGGGCGCCAAGGAAGCAAAGGCCGAGAGCGGCGCGGAGCUGCUCAAGGGGGUCAUCCAGCUGCAGUGGAUCGCUUUCAACGAUGCGGUGCAAACCAAGCAGCUGCAGGCGGCUUUGGAGCUCUUUUCAGACGAUCUCAGGUGGUGCAUCGACGGCGGGGAGUGGCUGGUGGGCAAGGGCCCUGCGCUGAUCCAGUGGGUGCAGCAGCUGUCGGAGAAGAAGCUGCGCAUCACCACGACGGUGGACGAGAUCCUGCAGGUCGCGCUGCCGCCCGCGCAAAAGGUCAACAAGGCCGACAAGAAGAAGAAGGAGAGCGAGAUGCAGCUCGCGAUCGCGCUGGCCAAGACGCACUUGGGCAUGAAGAAGGCGGACACGCGCGAGUCGUUUGUGGGCGUCCCAUACGGUGUGCUUGUGGAGCGCGACUCGUACUCCAUCGAGGAGGUGGAGGGCGGCAAGGUGGUGGAGGCCGGCAAGCGGCUGGCCAUCUGGAGCCUGGACGGCGCCGAGGAGAAGUGGAAGCUGCUGUGGGUCAUGUCCGCAGAGCCCAACACGCCCGUGCCGCCCGCACCUGCCGCAGCCGCCGUUGCCGCCCAGUAGAGCACUGAGUCUUAAGCAAGCUGUUAUGAACUUAUUUAUGGUGUGAUGGUGCACUUAUCUGGUCUUUACAUCUGUGGUUUCGAGGUGGUUUCGAUGUGAAGUAUGUAGUUCGCUGCGGGUGAGAGACUUGCCGAGGCUACGGUAAAGAUCUAGCAAACUGGGUUGAGCUGGGCUGGAAACCCACGAGACGCUGCGCAUGCAAGUUCUUGAUAGCAGGCCCUUACUUGAAAGAACUUAUAAGAAGCAACUAUUACUUUGCAUCGCUUGCGUGCGGCUUGACAGAGCUUGGUAUAAGUUUAAGUUAUUCCUGUGGAACACAACAUAUCAUUGUUAUUUUCUAAAGAACUUAGACAUUGCACCUUAAUGUGAGAUCGAUCGAGCCCUCCUGGCAACAGGUUCUUGUGACAGCAAUCGGCCCGUUGCAGUGACAGAAAGACAAACACUUGAUCUACAAGUCAAGUCUGUCUUCUAAUUUCAAUUUUGAUUUGCAAUUGCAUUGCAAGAAUUCCCCGCUCG